ACCGGGAAGUGGGCGUGAAUGAGCGUGUGUACUUCAGGAGCUUGGGAGCCAGUCGGCUGUUGCGGGAGUUGCCCUUCAACUCGUGUUAUACGAGGAAUUAGCAGAGUAUGGCAAAAGUGUUAUAAAAACCUCGGUGUACGUUACAACUCCUGCUCGAAACGGACGCUGAACUCAUGAGUUCGGCGGGACACAGCAAUGGAGGUGGAGCGGUGCAAUGUUUCUUCCAAGGAUCGAUGCCUUAAUGACUCACUGGAGGAGGAAAUUCUUGCCUUCCUUAUUGAUGAUGAAGCCCAGCUGCGCACGUAUGACGAUCUCACCAAAGUCAACCCUGUGACGCCGACAACGGUGCUGAGAUGCCUGCAGGCCAGGUACAGCGUAAAGGUAUUUUACACCCAUGCCGGCUGCACCUUGGUGGCCCUUAACCCCUUCCAACCUGUUCCUGACCUUUACACCCUGGAUGUGAUGAAAGAGUAUCAUCGUGCUCCACAGCUCAAGGAUCCGAAGCCGCAUCUCUUUAUUGUGGCAGAAGAAGCUUACAGGAGUGUUCAGGGUCAGCUGGUGCCAGUGGACCAGUCUUUGGUGGUCAGCGGGGAGAGCGGUGCAGGAAAGACGUGGACUUCUCGUUGCCUGAUGAAAUACUAUGCCACAGUGGCAGCGUCCUCCUCAGUGGUGCAGAGUCAGGACACUGUGGAGAGGAUAGAGAGGAGAGUGCUGGACUCCAAUCCCAUUAUGGAAGCUUUUGGCAAUGCGUGCACGCUCCGCAACAGCAACAGCAGUCGCUUUGGAAAAUACAUCCAGCUCCAGCUUGACGGGUGUCAGCUGCUUGUGGGGGCGUCUGUGCAGACAUAUUUACUGGAGAAGACGAGAGUGGCCUACCAACCUGCUAAUGAAAGGAACUUUCACAUCUUUUACCAGAUGAUGAAAGCAGCCACCUUUGAACAGAGAAAGGAGUGGCAUAUGCCACAUGGUCACCACUUUGGGUGGCUGCCAAAUGUUGAAAAAACAAUGGAGGAGGACUGUUUUCAAGAGACCGUUGAUGCUAUGGUUCACCUGCGAAUGAAUGCAGAGAGGCAGAGACAGAUAUUUAGGAUACUGGCAGGCAUUCUGCAUUUGGGGAAUGUGAAAUUCUCAAUUUCAACAGAUGAAUCCCAGCUCUGUGACAUUAAGGAACAGUCCAAAGACUCCUUGCAGGGGGCUGCUGAACUGUUGCAAAUCCCCGCUGAGGCGCUUCAGACUUGUCUACGUGUGAGGACAUUGAAAGCCGGGAGACAGAGCGUACACAAGCCCUGUUCCCAGGUCGAGUGCCGCACGCGGAGAGACUGCCUCGCCAAAGUCGUCUACGCCCAAUUAUUUGAAUGGCUGGUGACAUUUAUCAACGGCAGCAUUUGUGCUGACAAAUCCACUUGGUGCAACUUCAUCGGUGUUCUAGAUGUGUACGGCUUUGAAUGUUUCCAAAGUAACAGUUUGGAGCAGCUUUGUAUCAACUAUGCCAACGAAAAACUCCAGCAGCACUUUGUUAGCCAUUAUCUACGAGCUCAGCAGGAGGAAUAUGUGUCAGAGGGAUUGCAGUGGUCCUUUGUCAAAUACCAAGAUAACCAGAGCUGUUUGGAUCUCCUUGAAGGAAGCCCGAUUAGCGUGUUUUCUCUUCUUGAUGAGGAGAGCCGUCUUAAUCGAGCCUCGGAUGCCGAGGCGCUUGGGGUUCGUCUGGAGAAGGAGCUCGGUGACAACGGCAACAUCAGCUGGGAUAAAUUCAGUAAGGUGCCACACUUCAGUGUGGCACAUUACGCCGGCAAAGUCGACUACAAGUUACAAGGCAUCGUGGAGAAGAACAAGGACCCGGUGGCACCUGAGCUCAUCGGCCUGCUUCAGAUAUCAGAUAAUCCCCUGCUUCGGCAAAUCUUCCAAGAAAAGGAGACUGAGAACUUGUCAAGCAAGGGGCUCAAUAAAGUCACUGUAGUCUCAAAGUUCAAGAACUCCCUUGAGAGCUUGAUGAGCAUCCUCCACACCACAACUCCUCGCUACACUCGCUGCAUUAAACCCAAUUCUGACUGCAAGCCGUUCAUCUUCCAAAAGGAGGAGGUGAUCAUGCAGUUGGAGGCCUGCGGGAUUGUAGAGACGAUACAUAUAAGCGCUGCUGGCUUUCCUAUAAGAAUUCCAUUCAAGGCUUUCGUACAACGCUAUGGAUCGAUACUGCAAAACUCAAGUUUCAUGUCAGGAGCUCCAGAUCCUGUAAAGGCUGGCAGCGACAACGAAAUGGAUCUGCAGGAGGUGCAGAGGCUACUUGACUCGGUGUUCCAGCUCUCCGCACAUAUUGGAAGGGAACCCAAAUCUUUGGUGCAUUGUGGACAGACCAAAGUUUUUCUCACCCAGUCAAUGUUAGACUUACUGGAAGAUCACAGGAAGAAUAUCCUCUCAAAGUGUGCUCUCUGCAUUCAGCGCUGCUGGAUGCGCUACCAACGGCGCAAACGUCACGAGCGCCGGCAUUCCGCUACUCUAAUCCAAGCAGCGGUCCGUUCUUGGCUGGUCAGGAGGCGCGUGCAGAAAUGGGGCAGAGCUGCAGCACUUAUCCAGAAAUCCUGGAGGAAGUGGAGGGCAAUGUUGAAGUCAUUAGCUGAGGCAGAGCUCGACGAUGCAGAAGACCUCGCUCGGCAAGACGUGCCUGAAUUGAACGCCACCGGCAUUCAGGAGCCCAUCACGGUGCGAGGGUGGCCCAUGGGGCUGGCUUUGCCCUCAGCUCCAUCCAUCACGCUGUCCAUGAGGGCCACGGGCUUUCACAAGAUGAUGUCUGUGGUGGCCUCUCUUAAAGUGCCCUCCAGGAGAGGAGAGUACAAGGUGGAGACCAACCAGAACAUGCAGGGAAUCACCUCUAUUCGAGCUCAACCCAAGGGAUCUGUCAAACUACACUGCAAGCGCUCGCCCCUUCUCUAUGCAAACAGGCAACCAGAGAUGAGGAAUUAUGUGACUGGCUUCAAUGAACUCCUGCUGGAGAAGGCUCAAUAGUUCCUACUUCCACGAACAAGCUGCUUUUGCAGAAAAGUUGUCAUGUGACAUACAGGGAACCCGUAUGUACUUUUGUCACUUCACCGUUCAGCAUAAGGUGGCUUUUAAAUGCAGUAAUGUUUUUACACUGAUGUAAAGUGUAAAAGGAUGUGCGAUACAUAAUUGGGUCACAGGCCAGAUCAGGUACAGUGCUGUUAAAAAGUAUUGGCCCCCUUCACAAAUUCUCAUAUUUUUGCAUAGUUUCCCGACUUUGUUUCAAAUCCAUCCAUUCUCAAUGCCGCUUGUUCCGUUUAGGGUCACGGGGCGGCGGAGCCUAUCCCAGCCCUGAACUGGUCGCCAGUCAGUCGCAGGGCGCACAUAGACACGCACUCACAUUCACACCGUCACUGAGUGGGAACUGAACCCACGCUGCCCGCACCAAAGUCGGGCGAGUGGACCACCACACCAUCGGUGACUUUGCUUGAAAUCGUCAAACAAAUGUAAAUAUCAGUCAACUUAAAAUGUUGUUUUUAAAUGGUGAGUUUAAUUAUUAAAGAAAAAGAGUAUUCAAAGUUA